UAUGAAAUGCAACGACAAUGCUGAUAUGCUUUCAGAGGAUAUGAGCAGAAGCAGCUCACAAAUGGACAGCGGAAGCAUAUCAGCAAGGAUUCGAGAACUAGAAGCUGAACAACAACAAUUGAGCGAAUCAUUGUUGUCUUUGAGCACAAAAUUCGCACAAGUACAAUUUCGGAUACAGCAAAUUGCUUCUGCGCCAGCUGAACAACGUGAGGGAAUGCUAAAUCAACUUCAACAAUUUGCUUCUACAAGUUGCACUAAUAACCGAAAUCUCAGACUACAACAAAUCAGUGAUAAUUCUAAUUCAUCUCUAAAUGUUGUGGAUUUAGAAGAAAACAACGUAAAUGUUAUGACAAAUGAUAAUGCUGCUAAUAUGAGUCAACUUGUUGAAGAGCUGCGGAUACAACUUGAUGAGCUGGAAAAUUUCGCUUGGCGGAAUGGACAUCUACGUGAGGGUGAUUUACCACUUAGCGAAUUACGCGCAAGGCAAACUCUGAUAUUAGAGCGGCUACGUGAAAAGAUGCGUCUUCGAGUUAAAUUGGCUGGACCUGAUGCAGAUGCUGACGAAAAUGAAUUUCGUAAAAAACUGGAUGCAGAAUUGGAUGAAGCGGAACGAGGAUUGCUUGAAAAGGACCAAUUGGUGAAACAACUUAGUACACAGAUAUCCGAUCUGGAACAAUAUGUACAGUUGUUACAGCGGGAAGCAGUGACUCUCUCCUGUCCAGGCAUAUUAUUUAUUAUACAUAAUAUUUAA